AGAAAUCAGAGAAUGUGAAGGAACAUGAACUCAAAGGGUCUUCCAAAGACUUGCCAGGGAGGUCCUAGAUGGCCAUCGAGAAAAAGAGGUUUGCUGGGCAGAGAUCCCUAGACCACCUGAGAGCUAGGCCAGCAGAACAAUGGCUUGUUGUAGGCAGGAGGCAGGCAGGAAUGUGACCAGGGGAGUUGGGUGGUGGGGCGGCUGCUGUGGCGCGGCGGCUGGGCGGGGCCAGGCAACAGCAACCAGCCCUUCUACCUGUCCAGGUGCCUCCCAUUUCCAGAAGGGCUGCGGAGCCGACAGCACCUGCAGCCCGUUGCAGCCUGUGACGGGGUAAGGACCGGGGACGGGGGCAUGGCUUCUUAGAAUCUUCCCGUCGGGGACAGGCCGGGGCAGAGUUCACCCAAACUAACCGGAGCCUCAGCGCAGAGGAGGAGGGAGUCCUCCGCACCCCAACACAGAUAGAAGGCAAGAUGAAGAAGAACCAGUCCGUGCAAGGGACCUUCAGCAAACUCUUUGGGAAGAAACAUACGACUCCCACGACCACCUCCUUGUAUGCCACCAACCCGCCCUGGAUCUUCACCCAGGAGGUCCCCGUAGAGGGGAGCAGGAACUUUGAUGGAAUUUAUUAUGGAGACAAUCACUUUAAUACAGUGAGUGAAUCAGGAACUGCCACCCUCAAGCCUCGGCCAAGAGUCCGCCCCCUGUUAACCUUCUUACCCCUGAAUGCACAGGAAAACCAUGGACUGGCUGUGCCAACCCCAUCUGUCCCUGAGGAUUUUGUGGGCAAAGAAGUGACAAAUAAAGGCAGCAGCCUGCAAAUCAAUGGUAACCUCCGACUAUACAGCUCUGUGGGUGACCUGAGAUCUGGGCACUAUGGUGAAGAGCCCAUCAUCCCUCCACCCCCUGUGGGCCCAGCCCCAGGACCACCUCCUGAUGUCUCGAUGUUCAAGGCGGAGUCUCCACCCCCUCCCCCACCUUCCAUGGCACCCCCACCUCCUCCCUUACUGCUGGAACCGCAACCCCCACCACCACCCAACAUGGCCCCACCUCCACCACCUGUGCCUGGGGCUCUGUCUCCCCCAUCUAUACUCUCCUCCCCACCGACCCCCACCCCUCCGGACUUUAUCCCUCCAGCCCCACCCCUAGCCUUCCUGGCACCCCCACCUCCUCCUAUGCCAGCACCAGGACCCCCUGUCCUUGAGCCUCCUCGUACCCCAACAGGGCCUUGGCCCUUCCCUUCUACUGGUGUCUCCAAAUGGAAAUCAGAGACUGUGCUCAAUGGGGGGCAGUCUGAGGCCCACAAGAACAGCCCUCCAAGAAGCCCUGCUGCCCCUCCUACUGAGUCCAAGCCUGACCCCCAUCUUACCUUCCCUCGUUCCUUAAAGGUGCCCCCUCCAGCACCUGUCAGGACCUCAUCAAUCCCAGUUCAGGGGUCUCCUAGGGAUCCCCAAGAGAUGGAGACUCCUAAGAAGAUCUCAAAUCGGCUUCCUUUACCACCCAGCUUCCAUAUCCGCCCUGCAUCCCAGGCAUACCCUGAUGGGACUCAGGAGCCAGAUGGCCCCAGGAAGCUUCAGGACACUGUGCCAGCCAGUCCUCAGCCUAGCCAAACUAGCCCCAAAAUAAACAGAACAGCAAUGCCACCCCAAGCCUCUCCAUUGCCACCCCCAGCACCUCCUCUCCCUCCAGAGGCUCCCCCUCUGCCUGUGAUCGAAAAGGUCCCAGUACCAGUGACAGGGCUUGGGAAAGGCCCCAAACCAAGUUCUCCCAUCCCCAAACCCAAAACUGCCACCCCAGUGGCUGAGGACUCCUCAGAUCCUGUGGACUGGCGGGAUCCCAAACAAAUGGACAAACUGAGAAGUGAGCUGGCUGCCUACCUGUGUGGCUCAAGGAGAGAAGAACGCUCUCCCUGCAAUGGGACUAGUUCCACACCUCCCUCCAGAGUUGGAGAGAACAGAGACAAGAGCCCCAAUUUACCCAAGAAAGAGCCUCCUCCAAACCUGACCCUCCCACCUGUGGACUACACCCCGGCAGAGCCCCCAACUCCAAGUGUCCAGCGCAUCAGGAGCGAGCUGGAAGCCCUGAUGUCCCCCUCACUGGAGAAGGAAGCUAAGCCAGCUAUAGGUCUCGUAUCCCCGAAGCCCCCACCAGAAGCCAGAAGGAUAGUCCAGAAUGGGGCUGAUGCCAAGCUUCCUAAGCCAGUGGCCAAGAAGCUCCCACUUCUGCCCACCCCACCCAAACCUGAAGCAGAGAAGGACUUGGGCGUCCCCACAGCCAGAACUGUUGGACCAGGGGAGAAAGCCACAGAGUCUCAACCAUCAGCAAUAUCUUCUCCCCCCAAGGCUAAGGAUUCCCCUUUGGUGCCUCCGAAACCUGAUAGGAUGGGGACACCUCCUUCACCUGCCCCUGCACCAAAGACUCCCCUAGCCCAAGAGGAGGUGCCGGUUCUCUACAAACCCCACCAGGGCCAAGACAAGGCACACUCUGGCCAGGAAGCUGCUGUAGUAACACCCAGCCCUGCCAAGAGGGAGCCUCAAGAAGUAUGGGAAAAUGAAAGCCCAUCAGUCAAGACCCCUGGAGAAGAUCGGUCAGACAGGGAGGUCCUCAGACACCCAGUGACAGGGGAGGUGGUGGAAAGAGGAUCUCCAAUGGCCUUACUGCUCGCUGCCAAACAGAGGGCCCAGAAGGGACGGGCUAGGGGCAGUGACCUGGGCCGGUCCUCAUUGCCAGGGAGUCUCCGUGGCAACAGAAAUCAAUCAGAGUCUGUCUCUGAAAGCAUCAUCUACAGUGAAGUCAGGCCUAACUCCUUCACAGUUGUGCCCAAACCCACGAGGGAGGUAGAACAGGCUCCCCAGAUGUCCACAUCAACUCAGCAUGACAGAACCAGCAAAUGGGGCUCCCCAUCCCCAAGAGGUGCAGUGACUUCAGAGUCCCAGCCCAGGCAGAGAUGGUCAAAGGAGGAGACUCGGGCCUUGCUGGGUCAGGAGAGGUCAACCUCUUCCUACAGCCCCCAAAGCCACCUGCUGCCCAAGUCCUUCUCUUCACCAUCCUCCCCUUCACACAAGGGAAGUGAGGACGAGGGGGAAGAAUUUGACUUUGAGGUCAUCCCACCACCCCCUGAGUUCAGCAAUGAUGCUGAUCUUUCCAACACGCCUCCUGCUCCAGCCCCAGCUCCAGUCCCAACCCCAGCCUACCUGGGCCAUAGGGGUUCUCCUCUGCGAAGCAGUUUCUCAGACUAUGGCCAGACCCUGGACCUGGGCCUUCCAGGCUACGAGCGGCCAUCACCCGCAGGAUCCCCGGGAAAUAGCUACUCCCACUACUACCCUGGUGUCCACCACAGUGGUAGUGGGGGCUUGGAACGCUUCUCGAGUGGGGGCCGCUCCCUCAUUAAGAAACGCCUCUACCUCAAUGAGCCUCGGAGGAGCCCUGGACCCCCACGCUGUGGUCCAGGAGGUGGAACUGCUCGAAGUCUGAGUACCCCAAAUGCCUUUGGGCCUCAUCCUGGUGGAACCUAUGGGUCAGGGCACAGAGGAACAGAGAUGAGACGUGUUAAUUCUUCAGGCCAGGCACCCGGGGGUCUGCAUACCCGAAAGCUAUCCCUAGAAGGGAAUGGAAGGAAUGGACCCUAUGCAGGAGGGGGAGUUGGCAGUGGUGGACCUGGGGAGAAUAUAUACAAAGUAUCUAAUAUGGACUACAGCUUUGCCCCAGCAGCCAGCAGGUCCUCCCCCAGCAGUGCUCAAUACAGCAGUCCCCUCAACACCUUCACAGUGCGGCCUGGAACCCGACAACCCAUUUCCUACGUGUACUCUGGAGCACAUCGAAAAGCCCCAUCCUGAGCUCUUUGCCUGCCUCAAUGGGCUGGAACUUAGAUGAGAGAUGGACAAUGAGAAGCAGUCUUCUGGAAAGAAUGAAAGUCUCCUGUUUGGGUUUUGUUUGACAAAACACUGUCAUUAACACCUGGAUUGACUUAGGUGUUGGAGGGGAGGGAAGGAAAGGGGGAAGACACUUGGCUAGGAUCCCUGAUUAGCCAAAGCCCAAGUUUCUGGUAGGUUAGGACCUAUGCCCCUCCCCCACCCCCAAAAAUGUAUGCAAAAAAUUUUAUGAGGUUUUUAAAAGUUUAAACCAUAAAUAGUCUGUGAGCAGACUAUAAUAGCAUGCAUACUGUCCCCAGUCCCCUGGUCUACUAAGGGCUAGAAGUCCUGAUUGGAACCCCGUGGUAUUCCUAAUGGGCCUGGUAGAGCAGGUGGAGUUUACAUCUGGCUGGCCCUCAAAUCUUACUCUAAGUGCUCACUACUUCUGGGAGAGGGUUAUCUUUGACUACAGCCAGUCCCAAAGUUUUCACUCCCCAAAAUGGAAGAGCCCUCUGACCCACUCCCACCCAGAGCUACUCCACUAACAUGGGGGCCCAAGAAGAUCGAAGUGUCUUGGACUGCUGUUUGCCUUGGGUAGGGGAAGGGAGGAGGGAUGCUGUAUUUUCCAUUUCCUUAGGCCAGGAAUAGGGGAAGAUGAGUCAUAUGUUGAGGGGGAUGGUGAAUGGGACUUGCUUUACAACUCAAGUCUAAGUCUUCUUAGCCAUGAUUUUGGGAUCAGAACACAAAGGAGCCAGAAGACUCAGGUUCUAGGGCUUGGCUUUGGAGUCAUUUGCUUUGCCAGGCCUUCCAAUGGGCUUAGGAGGAAGAAUCCUCACAGAUCUCUCCCUAUUCCCCCAACCUACCCCAUCAAAAAAACUGUUCACCACAAAUAUCACUGGGGUUUUAAAACCUAUAGCUAAGGGAUUGAGAAUAAGGGGAGGUAGUGUCAAUGGAUGAUCUGUAGCAGAAGGGUUUAAUGGUUAACUGAUAAGUGAGAAGAGAGAGGAAAAGAAGGUUUAUGUCUAGCCUGUGUGGCUCAAGACAGGGACAUCUGCUUUGGAAGCAAUUUCCCCCGGACAUCCUACCUUAGGCCCCAGGCUCAGGUAAGUGAUGUUCCUGAACCCAGUCCAGGGCCAGGGGAGCUGCCCAUGGGAGUCAGAGUGCUCCAUUAGGUGAUAAGAAUUAUGAAUGAUGUCAGUGUGUGGAUACUGUUAGUCAUGCCCAGUGGGGAGUGCACAGAAGAAGCAUUGAGGAAACAAGGCACAGUUUGGCAGUGAGAAGGUAGGGAGCGGAGGAAUGGAUGUGCAGCCUGCUAGAGAACUUAAAACAUCCCUUGCUGAGUCCAGGGGAUGGUAUCAGCCCAUCUCCUUAUAAGAAAUGUACUUGACUCUACCUCCAAGCCUAGCCCUGGCUCUAUGUAUAUGAAAUUUGUGUGUAUUUGCUCUGCACAUUGUUUUGUAAGAGUCUGUUAACUUAUAUUCUGUAUUAAGGCACACACAGGAGGGGUAGGGUGUGGGCUUAACUGUUGUAUGUUAUUUAGAAAGGGCAAAGAGUGGGUUUUUCUUGACUUUGGAAAUAAACAGGCCUAGUUUGAGAUUA